AUGCAAUCCUCCAUUCUUGUUUUUCUUGCCCUUGUCUCCAUCACUGCUGCCUGUCCAGGACUCUUUGGAAUGAUGGGAGGAGGUGGUGGUGGAUGUGGAUGUUCUGCUACACCACCUCCCUCUCCAUGUGGAUGUGGAGGAAGGAAGAAGAGAUCUCUUCCAGAGAAACCAACUUUCUUCGGAAUCGCUGCCGGAGAUGAUGACAAUAUGUGCAACAAUCCAGAGCUGAAAAAGAUAAUUUUGGAGAACAUGCAAGCAUCUGCUAUUGACUCUUCAAAGGCUGUUAACGGAGCUUUGGAGAGCAAACAACUCAACAGAUUCAUUGUUGUCUGCUCCGAGAACCCCUUCGUCUUCACCGUCCGCGCCGACACCGUCUACUGUGGAGCCAGAAAGAAUGAUCAUAACUGUCAUGCCUUCGCUAUGUAG